AUGUUUUCUGUAGACUCUGUUGCUAGCAGUGCUAGCACAAGCACAACACCACAAAGAUUAGAAGUGGAAAAUGUUAUUGGAGACAGUGAUAUUACGAAUAUUGAUAUGAUGUCAGAAAUUGAAAAAGAACUACAAGAGAACCCCAGCGACUUGAUAUCUCUUGUGUUUCUUCUUUAUGAGGUACCGGACACAGCACUACAACGUUUGAUUGUUUUUCAACGCGUUUCCAACGAUGCCAGUAACUCUAUAAAUCUGAACAUGCUACACGAGUGGUUUCGGCAUGCCAAGCACAACCCCAACUGGAAACAUGAAUUUGUAGAAGCUCUACUUAUCUGUCAACUGUACAGUAUUGUCAGAAAACUAGGAUUAAAUGUCCCUGCAGCACGCAGGUACUAUCAAACGGACUCCAUAACUGUAAAAAUGUACAUAAACCCCAUGAAAAAAGCCUUAUACAAAUUAUGUGAAAGCAUUAACUCUGACAAUCUUCUGAAACUUAAAAAAGCUCUCCUAACUUAUGAGACUGACACUACAGAAUAUGAAUGUUGUGAACAAGUUUUCCUAAAGCUCAUGUGUGACAAAUUUAUAACAAUUAAUCAAUACCAAUACAACAAAAAGGUUCUGGGCUUUAAAGUAGAAAUAGACAAACUUGUCAAGAUUUUAGAAAGCCUGCCGGGAUUGAAGAAACUGCUUUUGGAGAUCAAUAUGUUGCAACAAUCAUUGAAUGAUGAGCACAAACCAAGUGCCUCAGUUGCUACCAGUACUCCUAUAAUGAAACAUAUGAAAGUGGAUGAAACAAAUCAAGGGAAAGCUGAUGACAAUUACUACAAUAUGGACUUUAAUGAUGUUUUUGAAAUGCUUGGGGAGUUGCAGUUGGAUGAAAGAACACAAGAAUCUCUAAAGUCUGAUAGGAAGCUACUGGACAAUGAUAGCUAUGAAAUCAAGAGUACCAACAGGGUUGGAGUUUGUGUCAUCAUAAAUCAGGAAACAUUUUAUCCAUCCAAGAACAGCAUUGAAUUAAAUGGAAAUAUUACACUAGAUACAAGAAUUGGCUCCGACAAGGAUAAGAUGAUUCUUGAAAAGACUAUGAGUGAACUAAACUUUACCGUUUUCUCUGAAACAGAUUUGGACCAUAAAAAGAUGAUGCAGUUCAUAAUGAAUGUUGUCAAACAUAAAGUCAGCAAGAAUGACAGCAUUUUUAUGCUGUGCAUACUGUCUCAUGGAGUGAAGGGCCAGGUAUAUGCAGCUGAUUCUGUGAAAGUUAAAAUGGACGAUAUUCAGAAUUUACUGGACUCUGAUGAAGCCAAAAAUAUACACAGCAUGCCCAAGCUUUUGAUAGUUCAAGCUUGCCAAGUUGAUGAAAAUACUCCCCAGAUUUUAGUAGCUGACAGCCCGAGAGAUUACAAUUUAAGGAAGUCGAACUUCCUUGUUUACUAUGCCACUGCACCUGAACUAGAAGCUUACAGAAAUGAGAAAAGAGGAUCAAUAUUCAUACAGGUACUAUGUAGAACAAUAAGGAAGUUUGCUAAUAAUGAACAUGUCUAUGAUAUUUUCACUAAAGUCAAUAAUAAUGUGAAUUUUAUAUGCCAAAAGGUGGGAUGUACCCAAGUGCCUCUAUUUCAGUCAACUUUGACAAAAAAGCUUUACCUACAAGUUCCCACCAAUCCAGAUAAGUGA